CUUUCGUUACAAGGUCCAUCUCUCUGAACUUGCGUCUAAGCGGCGUCGUUGCUCCUCUGUCCCUGGAGAGAGACUCAAUUAUUAGCACAGGGUGCACCUGCUACCGUCACAACGACGAAUGCAGAUGCCAUAUCGUCUGCUGCGGUCGUUCCAAGAAAUAUGCAUAAAAUAUGCUAGCUGCAUCACUAGCGGCAAGCUAGUGCUGGAACACACAAACAUCUUGGCCCCAUCUUGUUCCGCACACCGCACUGCACUCGAGCAGUAAGACGCGUCUCUCUCGAGGCACUUCAGCGCCAAAAUGGCUUCACUCCAUGGCGACAACAACACGCCUCGGCCAGGAGCGAAGAUAUUCGACAUCGCUUACUCUCAUGAGUCCACUGUCGCGGCUUUCAAGAGCUACUAUGAGUUCUUGGCCAAGAUGUAUAUGGAUCCCGACAUGAUCAAGACGCCGCCCGCGGCAGGAUGGGUACACAUGACUCCAGAGAGGAUGCAGGCGCUGGGCAAGUCCGAGAAGGUGAUCACGCUGCUGCGCCAUCUGCCAUACGUCCAUCAUGUCUUGGGCAGGCCGGAAACUCAUAGCGGUCCCGCAUGCAUAUUCGCUGACUGGGAACGCAAAGCCCGGGACCUGGCAGCCCACCCAGAGCUCACUGGUUUCGACGUGCUUUGCACUACGGAGCCCGAGAACGUUCCGCCUCACGUCAUUGGGAUCUCACAGGGACCCUACAAAAUGCUGCUCGACACCCAGCUAGGCCUCGUGUAUUGGAAUGAUUGCCCACCAGCGAUCCACGAAGACCCAAGCCAUCCCAUUCAGCCCAUUCAGAACGAUCCUAUCGACUAUGCGAAUGAUGAAGAAUUGGGAUGGCGGUGCGCUCCUGCCUGGUCGAUCCCAGAAUUCUUCGAAGUCUUGAAGCAUCAUUUUGUCAACUUGGACUGUGUUCCGCUGAGCAGACGGCUUGUCGAGGAGGGUUGGUACGGAGAGGAAAGAGAUAUGCCUGACAAUUUGGGCGCUUGUCGCGUUGCGGCGGAAAUCUAUCGUCGCCACGGCUGGCCGGAUGUUGAGAAGUUUCGUAAAGAUCAGUGCAUGGCAGAACUUGAGAGGGAGAUACCAGAAAGGUUUCCAGAACAAUUCUUUCUCUGAGUGGAGAUACCCAAAAUGGUCCGGCGAAGAAGACCGAUCAAUGACGCGCAAGAUGUCGAUGGCCAGGCUUGAGUGCCAGGCUUGGUAGUCUCUGUGCGAUUUCUCAACAGGUAUGCUGUACACACUCAUGCUUCAUGCAUUCCAGUUCCGCACUUGCAUCACUGGUUGUUGUCCAGAACCUUGCAGUCGUACCACGCUGCAUAAUUGAAGAUCGUGCAGCGUGCAAAAUUGGGCGAUUGGUAUCGAUCGAUGAAUUCAAUGAAAACAUAUAAUGAGCUGAGUUGCAGCAAAGAGGGCGGAAUAAUAAUGCCACUGAAGCAUUGCAAUGCUUUACGUAUGCUCUAAAUCAAUGUUGCCCCGUUUCGGGAAUGAAAUAGCCGCAUCAGCUCUGCGG